GUUGGUGGUGAGUGGGCGCUCGGGCGCCCACAGCGACCCAGCGGCGGGCGAGGCGUAUGGGUGCUCCUGCCCCUGCGACGGCCAGGCCAGGCAGCAUCCGUGCCCCCGCCCCCCGCGGAAGAUCGCAGGGAACUGGUGGGCGCUGUCAUCUGUGCCCUCAUUUUCCGGAGGAACCCAGGGAGGCCGGGCGGGUGAGGAAGCGGCCAUCCGUGUACCGCCCACUCACCUGCACCCGUACCUUGCAAGGACAGGGAAGAGCCGUGGCAUUCCUCUGCAGCUCCUUCCAGAGGGCAGGUGUCGGUGGUGGGAGUGCCCGCCCGAGUGCAUCGCCGAAGCUGAGCUCCCAGCAGCGGCUGAGGUCCUCCCUUGGGAGCCACCCUGGUCCCCAGCGGGGCGGGAGGCUGGUACCUGUGCCACGCUAGCAGAGCCCCAGGCGGUGCCGGGAGAGGAUCGCCCCAGCUGACGUGGCACCAGGGCCACUCUGCUCAGCUAACAUUUGCCUUUCAGGAGUCAGAUUCCUGACCUGUUUGAACAGAGUUAGGGAACACGUGGUAGGGCGCAGCCCCAGCCCUGCUGGGAGAGGUGACAGUGACACCAGCCUCACUGCCCCCAUCUUUCCGGUGGUCCAGGCGCUCUGCAGCCUCCCCUUAGGGAGGUGUCAUUAUUAGCCCUUCCCAAAGAGGGGAACGCAGAGGUGGGUCAAGUUGAGUUCAAAGAACCCAAGAGCCAGGAGCCCAGGACUCUACCCUCUAGGUUCCUCCAGAACCCUGUGGUCCCACCCAGGUGGGCUCUAACCUGCAGAAGCCAUAGCUGCAGAAGCCAACGCUGCCCUAAGCAUAAAAUGGGAGGUCUCUGGACCCCAGGGCAGGAGCCCCAGGGCAGGGAUGUUAGAAAGCAGCUUAUGGUGGCUCCUAGGGGUGUGGAGCACCAUAUCGCCUGCAAGGGGUUGGCCGUCUUUCUUCCCCUCCUCUCCCUAAUACUAGGAGUGCAUGGACACAGCUCUCAGCAGUCUGUGGCCUGGUGUUGGAAUAGGCUCCUGCACCCUACACCUGAGCCCAUCCAACCUCUGGGCUAUAGACUGUUCCGCUGAAGGCCCGGCCUGCCCCUGAGACACUGUGUGCCUAGUCUCUGAGCAUCAUGUCCUGGCCGCUUAAAGAGAGCAACAUAAGCACCUAAACACUUCAGGGCUGAGAUGGGUCCUGCUGAUGGGUGUGCCAGGACAUCAGGCCUGGUGGGGGUGGAUGUCGACAUCAGGUGAAUGGCUGCGGGCUGCAGGGGCCUCCUGCCAGUGCUGGGAGGUGUCCUGUCCGCGGUGGCCAUCGCCAUUCCUGGCGGAGCUUUAUUGCCUUUGGCUGCAGCAUCCACUGGUUUCUCCAUUCUCCCAGUCUCUGCCCCUGCUCACACUUGGAGGCUGGACACAAAAGUCACCACCUCCCUGAAGCCCCCCUAGGUGGGCCAGAUGAUUCUGGUGCAAAACUCUGUGGCCACUGCUGUACCGCAUUACACAGAGCACACAGGACAGGCUCGUGUGUGUCCAGGCUGUGCCGGGAAAUCCUCUACCCCUGUGUCUUCACAGUGUGUCCUUGGUGCCUCUGUCCGGUCAGCUCCUCCCGUUAGCCAUGCUGUCCAGUCCAGCGGCUGCUGUUGCGUGCUGUGAGCCUGAGCUGCGCUCUAAGUGUAAACUACGUGCUGGCUUGUGAAGGGUACAAAUAUCUAAGGGAUCAUUUUUUAUUGCACAUUGAAAUGACUAUUUUGGAUGUAUUAAAUAAAAUGCUGUUAAAAUCUAUUUCACCUGUCUCUUGUUUUCCACAUAGCUGCUAGGAAAUGUGAAGCUGGGUAUAUGGUGGCGGUUGUAUUUCUGCUGGACCACGCUGGUCUCCAGGCGGGCACUCAGCCUCCCUAGCCUGUGCGUAGAGCCUCCUACUACAGGGCCCUGAGGUGCUGGAGGCUGCCGAGUGGACCUGGUGCUUUGCUGACAAGCAGCAGUCCUCCAGGGAGCCCCUGGGGGAGCAGUGGUCUCAGCGAACGCAGGACAGCCCCUCCCCGUGAGUCUCUGACCCUCUUUCCUACCUGGCAUACAAUAGCAGUGGCUAUUGUCUGGGGUCUCGUGGAAGUAUAAGGGGCAGGCGUCCCCCCGCCGGACACUGCUCAGCCCCUGACACAGACCCUUAGUCCUGAACACUGAAGCUGGAGGCUUGGCCUGGGGAGAGGAAGGGGCAGUCUCUGUGAGGCAGGGUUGGCCUAGUGGUCCGGGAAAAAAACAUGUGAAGGCCUCUGAGGUGGAAAGAACUAACCAAGUGCUUCCUGGAGGAGGAGGAAGCAGGGCUGG